AUGGGUAAUUGUAUUUCUUUUAUAAAUUAUUCAAAAUUUAAAUUAAAAAAUAAGAAAUCACUACCUUUAGAUUUAUAUUCAAAUAAUGAAUAUGAAAACUCUCUCAUUAGCUAUUUAUCCUUUAAAAAAGAGGAGAAAAAAAAAGAACUUAAUAAUAUUACACAUCAAAAAAAAAAUUUUUUCAUUGAAGAUAAUCUAAAUGAAGAAGAUAAUGAAAAAAUAAAAAAAGAAGAUAUAGAAAAUAAUGAAAACAUUGAAGAUAAGGAAUAUAGUGAAUAUAAUGGAAACAAGAAAAAUAAUGAUUAUGACGAAAGUGAUGAAGAUGAUGAGUAUGUAACAUAUGAAAAAGAUGGUAAAUAUGAAUUAAAACAAAUAAAAGAAAAAAAAAAAAAGAAAAAAAAAAAAAAAAAGGAAAAAGGAAAAAAAAAAUGUAAAACGGAAAAAGAGAAGGAAAACAUUGAAACUGAUAUGGACAUUAAUGAUAAAUUAAAUUCUUAUUAUGAAAAAGAUGAAAAGGAAAAUAGCAAUUCUAAUAAUUUAUAUAAUGAUGAGUCUAACGAUUAUUAUAACUAUAAAUUAGAUAUAUCUUCUGAUGUAAAUUCAUUUUACACAAGUUCAAUUAAUGGAGAUGUUAUAAUGAAAAAAAAUAAACAUGAAAAUUUGCUUAAUAUCAAGUAUAGCAGUAUGAUAUUAAAUGAUAUUAGAGAUGUUGAUAUAAUUGUUGUUUUUUUAUUUAGUUUAUUCCUUUAUUUUAAUGCUAAUAACAUUGUUGAUAUGCUUGAUAGAAGUAAAAAGGAUAGAUAUUUUUUAAUAAAUUCAUUAAAUAUAAGUCAUGAUGUCAUUAAAUUUCCAACUUUUCCAAAAGAAAUUGUUGACAGUUUUUUAAAAAAUGAUUUUACAUUAUUAAAAAAAUAUAUCAAAAACAAAUGUAACAAAUUAAAAAAAAAAUACAGAACUACCUAUUUAAAAAAAAAAAAUACUUAUAAAGAUGAAAAAAGUCAAAAAAAAAUUUUUAAAUAUGAACUAAAAAAAAAAAAGGAAAAAUGCUCAUUUUCAAAUAUUGUUGAAUCAAUUGAUAGAAAUGAACGGUCUUAUAGAGAUAUUACUGAAAUAAAAUGUGAUAAAAAUUUACCAGAUUUAAAAAUCAAUUUUAUAGUAAUGGGAGCAUAUCGCUUUUAUCAAAGAGAUAUGAAACCUUUUCAAGAUAAAAACACUUUUUUUUAUAAAUCCCCUUCAUAUACUUGUGAUGCAGAAAUAUCUGUUGCUUGUAAAAAAGGAAAGAAACUAGAUUUUCCAAAUCAAGAUGAUUUCACAAUUAUUCAAACAAAUGAGUGGAUAUUAAUUAUGGUAUUUGAUGGUCAUGGACCAUCAGGACACGAUAUAAGUAAUUUUGUUCAUGUUGUACUUCCUUUGUUAUUUUCCUACAAUAUUGACCAAAUAUUUGAAAACCCUGUUCGUACUAUAAAAACAUUAUUUUAUAUGAUUAACUGCUAUUUAGUAAAUUAUUCAUAUUGUAUAAAUAAUAAUAUAAAUCCAAUUAAUAUUAACUUUAUUGAUUAUAAUUUAAGUGGAACAACAUGUACAAUCAUUUUAUAUAAUUUUUUAACAAAAAAAAUUUAUUCUGCUCACACCGGGGAUAGUAGAGCUGUUAUGGGAAAACAAAGUCUUCAAACAAAUAAAUUUAGAGCUUACAAUAUAACAGAAGAUCAUAAACCAUCCUUAAAAUUAGAAAAAGAUAGAAUUGUGGCUUUUGGAGGAGAAGUAAAAAAAUUGCAGGGUGAUGUUUCAUAUAGAGUUUUUGUUAAAGAUGAAAUGUAUCCAGGUUUAGCUAUGAGUAGAGCUAUUGGUGAUAUAACUUCAUCUUUUAUAGGGGUUACUUGCGAACCUACCAUAAAAAUUUUCGAUAAAUCUGAUGAAGAUAAAUUUAUUAUUGUAGCUACUGAUGGAAUUUGGGAAUUUAUUAGCAGUGAAGAAUGUGUGCAAAUGGUUUCAAAAAAAAGAAAAAAAAAAGUACAUGUUGCAAUGGAAGAAAUAAUAAAGGAGUCAUGGAAAAGAUGGGCAAAAAUUGAUACUGUUGAUGAUAUGACUUUGGUUAUUUUAUAUUUUUAA